AUGCCUCCCCAGCAGCAAUACUCUCAGGCGCCCGCCCCUUCGCGCUUUAAGCACCUUCUAAGCUUGAAGAUGGCUGCCGAGAAGCAGCAGCAGGCCGCCGACCCCGUGCCCACUGCAGAGCAAGUCGCGCAGAACACUCAGCAGCUCCAGAUGGCCGCGUCUUUUGCGCGCAUCAACGCGAACGAUACGGUCUUCCACAAGGAUUUUGCUAGCAGGCACUAUGUUGGUGUGAACGUGGAGGCUAUGGCCAAGCCUGUAGACCAGGGUCCCGCCCCUCAACCAUACUCGCGUCCUGCUCCGUCCUAUCCCGCGCCCUCCACUCCCCAGCAGCCCCAAAACUACCAAUACAACUCGAUGCCCACGCCUCAGAACAUGAUGUACACUGCCCAAGCAGCUCUGUUCGGUGUACCCCCUGCGUGCUCGCCUGUGGCCCCUACGCCCGUCCACCAAGCUCCGCCUCAGCAGCCCCAGCAGGCUCAGCAGCCCCAGCAGGCUCAACAGCCCCAGCAGGCUCAGCAGGCAUACUGGGACAUGCAGGUCAAGACCGAGUACAAUGAACCAGUGUACGACCAGCCCCCCGAGCCCGAGUCGAUCGUCUCUAUCCAGCUUCCUACCCGGAGAAUCUACUAUGCUUCUUCUGGGGAUGUGCCGUCCACCUUGAACGGUCUUGCUGGAGAUGGCUGGGGUUCUGCCGACAACGGUUCAGGCGGGCAAGAGAAUGGUGGACAUGAGGGGCAUGAUCAUGGACAUGGGAAUGGCGACGAUGGUUUGGGUGGAGAUGGAGGUAAUGGAGGGUACGGAGGUAGUGAAGGUGACGGGAGCGAUCAGGGAAAGCAUGGGCGGGGCAAGGGCAGAAAACUGUCUCUAGCUUGUCAUUUCUGCAGGCGCAGAAAGCUCAAGUGCGAUGGUACCAAGCCCGUUUGCGAUACCUGCACCAAGCGAGGCGAGACUUGUACGUGGGACGAACACGUCCGCCGACGAGGACCCGGUAAAGCCACGAAAGAACGGCGCGAAAAGGCUGCCCGCGAAGCGCUUGCUGCCGGGCUCACCAACAACGACUCGCUACACAACCGUCCUUCCGUCGCGGGACCCUCGUCUUCCUACGGCGCGUCCGACCUCCCUCAAGGCCUUGACGGAGGCAUGGAGCACCACCACCACGAACACCACGGUGAAAACCCACACGGUAUCCCCCAACCCGACCCUUCGCACGCGCAUGAGCAAGGGCACGAACACGAACUCAACCUCGAUAUUGACCCGACCCUCAUUGCGCUCAGCGCUGUGAUGCCCGAGACGCUUGCUGAGCUGGAAGUCAAGGCAGAUGGAGAAGGGGUGCAUGUGUAUGAGAGUCUCGAGGGGCAGCACAACCAAGGUGGGCAUGUGCAGCAUCAGCUGGAGCAUGAGCAGGGUCUGUCGGCGGCAGAGAUGGAGGCGCAGGCGAAAGCUGCGCUGGACCAACUCCCUCCGCAUGUCCAGCCCCACCUCUCGCAUACCCUUGCGCCUCGCUCUCCCGAGCCCGAGCCCGAGCCCGAGCCCAAGCGCUUCGAUGAGGACGACGAGGACGACCUGCCGGCGCUGCCGCAGGACCACUUUGAGAUUGAGGAUUUGUCGGCGCAUGUGAUUGGGCAGAAACGGGGCGCAGAGGAUGAAGGUCUGGAUGAGGGGGUGAAGAGGUUGAAGGCUGACGAGGUGCUUGUGUCGGGAGGACAGGAGGGUAAUUAG